AUGCGCUGGUUCAACCCCCAGUCCGCCCUUGCGGCAGUGUAUAUUAUGAUAUUGUCGCUGCCAACCAGCGAGGCCAUCAAAUACUCCCCGAUCAAACCUCCAUCAUACCCGUUGGCUGUGCGGAGCCCCUACCUCUCUGCGUGGAUCCCCGGAAAUUCGGUCACGUCACUUUCCUCCAGCAGAGCGCAAUUUUGGGCUGGUAAUGAUCUCAUCUGGUCUGUCACGGCGCGUGUGGAUGGCGUCGCGUAUAAUUUGUUUGGGGUCAAGCUACCCCUGAGCGGAACCAAGUCCGGCACUGUCACCGAGGCAACUUAUACCUCUACUCAUUCGACCUUUACAGUGCAAGCGGGAUCGCGGACAUUCACACUGGAUUUCUUUUCUCCGGUUUCGCCUAAGAAUUACCUCCGCCAAUCCUUGCCCUUCUCGUAUUUGACAGUGACUGUCGAGGCAGGCGAUUCCAGCUCGGUCCAAAUCUAUUCUGAUCUCGACCACAGCUGGGUUGGUCAAGCCAGCGAUGUGAGCUGGAGUUAUUCGACGAAGAGCACGACUGGCGUGUUCCAGAUCCAAGGCGCGGAUGCGUCGACAUACUCGGAGAACAGCAAUGGCCAAGCGCUGUGGGGAAGCGCCGUCUACGCCACCCGCCCCGCGGCCGGGGGCUCUCUCUCCACUGCCUCCGGGCCGUCAGCCUCGGUGCGUCAAAGCUUUAUCUCCAAUGGAACUUUGUCUGGCACUCACGCCGAGUGGACUGCCAACGGGGUGGUCGGGUUUGCACACGAUCUUGGAACAACCGCCAAGGAAGAGGCCGUGACCUUUGCGGUCGGCCAUGUGCGUGAAGAGUCGAUCAAUUUCCUCGGCGAAGCCCAGACGGGAUACUACCGAGCGACCUACGCCGAUACUGUGGAUGCAGUCUCUUAUUUUCUAGACGAUUACUCUGAUGCGAAUGAGGAAUCAGUCACAUUUGACGAGCUGGUUCAGUCGACAGGAACCUCUAGUUAUGGAUCGAACUAUUCGGACAUCCUCGCACUCUCCACCCGCCAAGUCUACGGUGGUAUUGAAAUCACAAUCCCCAACGAAUCUCUCGACACCGGUACAACGCGCGCAUUUAUCAAAGAGAUCUCCAGCGAUGGCAACAUCAAUACCGUAGAUGUAAUCUUCGCCACCUUUCCAAUCUUCUACAUCCUCAGCCCAGGCUACCUUAAGCUCCUCCUCGACCCUAUUCUCCAAUACAGCGGGAGCGAUGCCUACACAAAAGAGUAUGCUGUCCACGAGAUCGGCGCCAGCUACCCCAAUGCAACAGGCCAUCCAGAAGACGGCGAAGAAAUGCCCAUCGAAGAAAGUGGGAACAUAAUAAUCCUCACCUACGCCUACCAACUGGCGACCGGAAAAACAGACUUGGCAACGACCUAUGCCUCCCAACUCUCCCAAUACGCCCAAUACCUCUACAAAAACGGCCUUUACCCAACCACCCAACUCUCCCUCAACGACGCCCUAGGCGCACUAGCAAACCAAACAAACCUCGCCGUAAAGGCAGCCAUCGGCCUCGCAACCUAUGGCGCCCUAACAAACCAAGCAAACUACACAACAGCCGGCAAAUCCUUCGCAGAGAAAAUCUGGUCAGACCACCUCGGCACCGACGCCGCAGGAACCCGCUUCCUAAUUCAGUACGGCAUCACACCCUGGUUCCUCGUCUACAACCACUACCCAGACCUCCUCUUCGGUCUAGACAUCUUCCCCGAAGAAGCGUACAACGCCACAGCGGCCUUCUACCCAACCGUCCGGCAAAAAGCGGGCGUACCGCUUGACGGGGCUAUUGGCUGGGGCCAGACGAAUUGGCAGUCGUUUGUUGCUGCUACUGUUACUGGGUCGGCGAGGGAGUUAUUCAUCAAGGAUUUGCAUGCUUAUGUUGCUAAUGGGUUGAAUUCCGCGCCGUUCUCGGAUCGUUAUUGGGUGCAGGACAGUGGGCAAUAUGUUGCUGGGGACUCGUAUUCUUUCCGUGCUAGGCCGACGCUUGGGAGUCAUUUCGCAUUGGCUGCGUUGGGUGGGGCUAAUACUUGGGGUUCGUGA